CGGAUGACAUGGCAAUAGGGAAAUCACGCGAAGAGCUUGAAAAUGAGAUUAAAGGUCUGGAACGCCAGCUAGAAAAGGCCAUGACCCUUUUGAAUCGACAGAAUGAAGGCUCACUGCAAAUUGCUGACGUCAAUUCCAAUGAUUUUAUACCGUCCAUGUCCUCCUCUCACUCUCUCUUCCUGCUAUCUGACUCGGCCCUUCCUCUUGGCUCCUUCGCCUACUCCAGUGGGUUAGAAUCCUACAUCCUUCACAACAAGCCCUUACCACCCAACACAUCUCUGCUUGGCUCUUUUUACGAUUUCCUCAGACUCUCGAUAUCCUCGAUAGCAAGCACUACAUUGCCUUAUGUCCUCAAAUCACAUAGAUAUCCCGAUCACCUCGAAACCCUUGACAAUGAUCUCGACGCCUCCACGCCAUGUUGCGUGGCUCGCAGAGCGAGCGUGGCACAAGGUAUGGCAUUACUAGUCGUCUGGGAACGAUCUUUCAAGGCCUCCUACGGAGCCGCCUCUUUCACAAAUAACGCAGGCGGAGAAACCACCCGAGAUCGACCCUCUGCUCAUGCGCAGUUGGCAUCUGCUGCUCUGCAUUCGUUUUCAGAAUUGUUGAAACAACCUUCAGCCGAUGGGGAUGAAGAUCUGCUGAAUGGGCAUCCGAACGGCCAUCUCGGACCUCUUUGGGGCGUGGUUUGCGCCGCUAUGGGAGUGAAUCUACGCCAGAUGGCAUAUGUAUUUAUGCUGAAUCAUGCAAAAGCCUUACUCAGCGCCGCGGUGAGAGCGUCUGUUAUGGGCCCCUAUCAGGCACAAGAGAUAUUAGCUAGUCGAGCGUUGCAGAAGUUAAUUGUACAAAGAAUUCAAAGGGAAUGGGAUGUUGAGCCGGAAAAUGCUGGGCAGGUAGUUCCGGUCAUUGACUUAUGGUUGGGCCGGCAUGAGCUUCUCUACAGCAGGAUAUUCAACUCGUGA